CAAGACCCCUGACACUAUUUGACAUAAGUCAGAGAACAAAAAAUCCAUUGUUGUUUUGGGUUGAAUUUGAAUUGAAUUUUAUUUGUUUGUGUGUGAUUCAUGACAAACCCUAAUAUAAAUUGAAUAAUUGUUAACUAUAUUCAAUGAGUCUCUGAUAUUGUUAUUGUGUGCGGAACAUAUAAACAUUAAGUAAUUAAUGUAGAAGUUGUAACCAAGUAACAAUGGCAUCACCAACAUCAUCGGAGAAUGGUAACGAAGAUGCCGGUGUCUUCGGGCUACUUACGCAGCUCUGCAACAAAACUGCAUCACAAUAUAGUGGACAAAGCAAAAUACCUCAAAAGCUAUUGGCUUCCAAAAUGAGGUCUCGUUCAUAUGAGCUUAUUCUAAAGAAAUACACAAAUGAAACGCCACGGUCGAUCCGUGAGCCUCUAUCUGAUUUGUUGUUCCAUUACUACACGAGUCUAUGCGAAUCAAAAAACGUAGCUGAAUAUAAUCGAUCUAUUGAAUUGAAGAAAAUCAUUGAUUCAUUGAAACAAUCUGAAUCAGAAAAGGAUAAAGAAGCAGUAUACCAAAUAAUAAGAUUACUGGUUGGCUUGAGUAACUCAGUAAAAGAUGAUUUAUCGGACAAGAUGUUUCAGAGGCCAUUUUCCUUUGGACUAUUGGACCAGAUGCUACCAAAGCCACCCCGUGAACCAUUUGGGUCCCCACAACCAUACACCUACUACCCACCACAUGUGUUCCAGUUGCCAUACUCUAUCAAGGCCCAAGCAGAGUUAUCCUUCACAAAAGCUUCCCACAAAUACCCAGAAUACUCUGUUGAGUGUUUUGAUUCUAAAUCACUGUUACAAGGAUCCAACCAGUCAGAUGUAAAGACAUUCCUUAGCCCGAUGUCACUAUCUUCAAUGACCUCAACCUACCUGUCACCCUAUCCGGAGAGCUUCAAUAUACCAAGAUUAAAGGGACCUAGAGACCUGCAGAUUCCACAGGAUACACAAUGCAGUCAGUCAAAUAUCAAGGUAUCAAUGCCAAGUUCAACAAAGUCUGAUAUAAAAGAGGUAUUCAAAGCAAAUUCAGAUGAAUUUCCGGGCAUCUGGGAGCUCGCCAGUCAAGUAGACAAAGAUAUCCCCACUGAUAUUUGGGACAUUGUUGCUAAACUGCCCAUGGUGAACGACCGGCAACUGAUAGCGUCGUGUAGCCGCGAGAUGGCGCUGUGGAGGCAGACCUACGGGGGUGCUUUGAGCGAGCUCAACGUCGUCUCCGAGAGGCAGUUCAUUAGACACGUCAUGUAUUUAAUCAUUGGAAUUGAAACAAAUUCAUUUCCAUACAACAAAGAAACCAACUGUUUCAACAUGAAGCCAAAUCUCUCGCUAGAAGGCAUAUCCAAAGAGCACAUCCGUGGAUACGUGUCCGAUCUGCUGCUAGUGGGGACCUAUUACAGGAGGCUGUUCGACUUCGCGUUCAACCAAACAUUGGAAGAUCACUUCCAUAACAAGGGAUUGGUUUUUGAGGCUGCGCGAGACAUAAUCCGCAAAUACCUACUAAAGUUCCGCCUGAAAGCGACGGAAAUCUACGAGGAAUGCUGCUCAAAGGCAUCAGAAGAUGUUAAUUGUAUGCCGACACUGUUGCAAAUACGCUUCCAUGUGGAGCCAUUGAAGUAUGAGAUCGAGACUAUUGCGUCUAUCUACUUGAUGAUCGAGACAGAACCUAAGUCGUGUUUGCCGAGCGGCGCUGAGUUGAUGUCGUAUUUAUUCAACGAGAUAUCGCUGGUCACUCACAAGGACACUUCACACACUGUGUUCAAUGCGCUGUUCUCAAUAUGCAACGUUUAUUUCAAAUUCAUAGACCGUUUCAUAUUCGAGGGCGAGUUAGACGACCCAUACCAUGAGUUCUUCAUACGUAAAGACUCACAGUACGUCAACUCUCGCUCAAAGAAGUAUUGGGACAAGGGGUUCCAUAUAUCGCAGUCGCUAGCCGUACCUGAGUUUCUGAGGGCUUUGGCCAAGUGCAUACUGCUCUGUGGAAAGUCUCUGAGACUGAUGAAAUUGUGUAACCCUAGUGACCCCCUAGUGUUACUGAUCUCGUCGGACCACCCGACAGUCAAAUGCUGCGCCAAUUUCGAGGAUCUAGAGCGUCAACAGAACGUUCUAGAUGUCUACAGAACGCGAUGUUUGUUCGUGAGCGGAGAGCCAGUGACGUUCGAACAGAUACUGUUGAAACGGGAGGCAGAACGGAAGGCGUUUACAGAGAUGGCCUCUAUCAAACAGGCUGAGACUUUGGAGAAGAUUGUUGCGGAACGAAAACGCCUAGCGCAAUUAAUAAUAGCCGAGAAGCAACACUCCCUGCGAGUGUUAGAAGCGGCGAUGGCGGAGGCGAAGGCCUUCAAGAACAAGUCCAGGCAGCGGGAGAGGAGGAUCACGGAGCUGGAGAGAGAAGCGGAGAAGGCUUCCGAGGAAGUUGACUCCAAGAUGAAGGUUGAUGAAAGGUCCAAAAUUAUGGAGUACUACUCAAAACUGAACAUGGAAGUGGAGAAGAGCAAAAUACACAUGGAGUGGAAAAUAAAACGUCUGCAACUCGACCAGACUCGCAUGCAACUGCUCUCUACCGAGGAGAGGAAUUACAAGAGAGAGAAACUAGAGAGAGAACAUCAAAAGAUCGAAGAAGUAAUGGCGAUGUCUAUAAGGUCAGAUGACGAAGGUUUGCUACAUGAUUCUGAUUCUAGCGGCGUUCAAAUACCCUUUGUAGAAACGCCUACUAGCUCAGAUCCGACUGUUAACAAAGCUAAUUCACAAUCGUCAAGUGAUGCAGUUUUUGUAUUCCGCAAUGAAUCAGACAGCACAGACACGGCAGAUUGUGAUAAUAAAAAGAUCCUUGAUGCUCAAGGAAACGUUGAAACCAAAGAGGUCAAUUCAAAUGAAGUUGUGAGCAAAACUUCCAGUGAUGUUAUCGGCUGCCAUUUGAAUGAUAAAAAUGAUAACAUAGAAUUCCUAAGAAUCAGACAAGAAGCUUUGAGCAACAAAGACAAAGUUAUGGCCCACGAAUUUGGUACAGACAACCAGAAUAACACGUUUAUCACGCAUUUGAUUAAUUUGGAAAACUACGAUGAAGAGAAUAAUGUGGAUGGCCUAACGACAUACCAAGAAGCUAAAAGAAACAAAUUGAAAGUUCUCGGUGCAGAAUUCGAUAUAAAAACAAAAAAAAGUGCACCUGAAAUAUCAGAACCGAUAACUGAAGCACAGAAAGAGGCCAUAGUGAAUAAACAAAAAGUCAUGGGCGUUGAAUAUAAUUUACCUAGUGAAGAAAUACAGAGGAACCAGCCAGCAAAUAUUGCCCAAGAGGAAGCAUUGGUGAACAAACAAAAAGUUAUGGGUGUAGAAUAUAACCUUCCAGCUGAUGAGAUUGUUAGACGGGAACCAGCCAAUACCGCCCAAGAAGAAGCUUUAGUAAAUAAACAGAAAGUCAUGGGGGUAGAGUAUAAUCUACCACCUGAAGCAAUUAUUCGAAAUGACCCGGCAAAUAUAGCUCAAGAAGAGGCUUUGGUAAACAAAGGCAAAAUAUUAGGUGUAGAGUAUAACUUACCUGCUGAAAUAAAACUAAAGAAUGAUCCAGCAAAUACUGCUCAACACGAAGCCGUAGCUAAUAGGGACAAGAUUUUAGGAGUCCAUUACAAUCAACCGGCUGAAGUUAAAAUUAAAAAUGAUCCAGCUAACACAGCCCAAGAAGAGGCUUUGAAAAAUAGAGAUAAAAUACUAGGCGUAGAAUACAAUUUACCAGCCGAAGUAAAACUUAAAAACGACCCAGCCAACGUAGCUCAAAGGGAAGCAGUAACUAACAGAUACAAAAUAUUAGGCGUGGAAUUUAAUUUACCAGCCGAAGAAAGAGCGAAGAAAACCCCAGCCAAUGCAGCUCAGGAGGAAGCCAUACAAAAUAGGGACAAAGUAUUAGGUGUGGCUUACAACUUACCUCCAGAAUUGUCUGAAUUAAAGGUACCAGCUAAUUAUGCGCAAGAAGAAGCGAUGAAGAAUCGUAGGAAGAUGCUAGGGUCAGACUAUGGGUGUAGACCUAGCGAGGGUCCCGUGAAGGCCAAGCGGGCUGGCCUGACCUUGAACCUAAGACCGUGUAGUGAGGUUCAGUGCUACAAUGUCGGAGUGACCCCGAAUACUGGGGCGAUUACGCCGGCUGAGUUCUUUCCCAGGCUUGACCUAGAAACACCGACGACAGCUGAUAAUCCCCUCGAAUCUCAAAUACCAGGAGAUCUACUCACUCCGAACAGCGAAACUAGUCGAGAGAUAGUAACGACCAAUAGCAAAAGCGACAAAGAUUUCCUAUCCCGAGAUGGAUUUAAUUUUUCUCUAAUAGUGGAUGAGGAAACCAAUGAAUCUGAAAACACCAGCGAUCUCCAAGCGGCCUUUAGUAACGAAUCUCCUUCGAAAUAUCCGAUUAAAUCCACACCUCUAGUCGACAUUAUAAACGGAUCAUACAGCUUGGAAGACUUUGAUCCGUUUGGAAUGAAACAGUUCAAAAAGUACUCAAAAGAUCACUUGAGCAGUAAAAUGGAUUUGGACAUGUAUUCGUCGUGUUAUACACAUCCCAGUGUGAUAAUGGAAGAAGUGAAAAAGAAACCGUACAAGGAUAUAUUUGCGUCUCACUCUAGUUCUAAGGAUGAUGAUGAGACAACAAUAAACUGUGAUAAUAUAGCAACACUCACGGCUUGCCUACAGCGAUCAGUCAUGCUUCCCCUCACAUACCAGUUAGAAGUUGUAAACAACUCUAUACUAACCCACUUUCUAGUGAAUCUAGACAUGUAUGAACAUCUGCGGAGUUUGAAGGAUUACUUCUUUCUAAUGGACGGAGAAUUUAGCAAGAGUAUUUGUCACAAUUUGUUCUCUAAGCUGGUGAAGACAGUCAAUCCGCAGGAGUUGUUGAAUUUUGCUACUUUACACAAUAUACUGGAUAAAGCUUUGGGAUCGUCUAUCUCACACGUGCACAAAUUCUCCGAGAACCUCUCCUUCACGAUGUCCGAGACCCCUCUGAGCUUCCAACACAGUUCCCCUGACGUGCUCCACUGUCUCUCUCUAACCUACCUGGUGGGGUGGCCGCUGAACAUCAUUCUGUCUCAUGAAGCGUUGUUGAGAUACGCCAAAGUGUUCCAGUUUCUGGUCAAGAUGAGGCGGAUAUCGUGGGUGUUGGGCGAGGAUUUUGAGAGUCUCAAACUUGCCGCAAAACUAUCACGACAAGAAUCAAGAAAACUUCUACGCUCACCUCAAUACAUAUCAACGCAACUAUACCGGCACAUCAUGGCAUCUCUAAUAAGAGCCUUAGACAACUACAUAGUCACAACUUGCAUCCUAACCUCUUGGACAGAGUUUGAGAAUGAUUUGAAGAAAGCGAGAACGUUGGAUGAUUUGUACGAUUGUCAUGUGGUUUAUAUCAAGAAAGUGCUCUUCAGAUGUCUACUGAACAACAGAUCUACGCCUGUAAUGAAGCUUUUGAAUGAUAUCUUCAUUGUGAUCCUGAAAUUCAGCCGGGUGUUGAAUGCUGGAAAAUGGUACUACAACGAGGCAACAGGCUGCCACCAUCAUCCGAACUUCGUGCAACUACAAGAACUGUUCCAUUUGUUCGAGAAGCUCGCCAAAUAUCUUCACAAAGUUGUCAUGAGAUUGAUGGAGUGCGGCUACCAGCGACAUCUAGCGGAACUACUCACCUUGGUCAAUCUCAAUGGAUACUAUAACCCGGAUAAAUCGAAGAGCGAACCGAAUAAUAGCUUAGUAAUGUCGCCGUGAAUCGGUUAGUGAAUUUUGAGAGCUUUUUAUUUAGUCGUAUUAGGAAGUGGAUUUCAAAGUUGUAGAUGGCGCCACUGGUUAUGGACCACGUGGGUCCCUUGUGAUUGGUUGAUUUUUAUCUAUUUUCUAUUCUGUAGUUGUUAUUUUAGGAUAUUACUUCACAUACAUUCGUAAGUGGAAUAAAUAUGAAUAAUUAACGCGCACACGAGAUGUUUGUUUUGUGUGUGUGUGCUAAACGUAUGUAUCGGCUUACGUAUUGACAUGUGAAAAAUGCUGCAUUUUUAACAAAUCGUCAUAGCAACUACCUGGCUUAAAAAUAUGCCUUCCAUAAAUCAUAGACAAUUUCAAUAUUUUCCGUGGUAAACUAGGUAUUAUAGGCCUAUUUUAAAAACACAAAUUUAAUGUGAUAUAUUUUAUUCAAUAUUGUGAAUCAUGUUUUAAAUGUAUUGUUUCAUCAUGAAGUUAUUGCAAAUCGGAAAUGUAGGUGCUUCUGUUGUACUUAUAUGAAUAUGAUUAGCGACCCACCGAAUAUGAGUGAAAUAAAAUUAAGUAGAAUGUUAGAUGAUAUACAUUAGUUGUAUUUGAUGUGUGUUGCUUAGCUAACCCGUUAAUUAUGUUAUCAAUAAAAAGUAUUAUCUUACUAAA